AUGACGCCGCCCGCGGGGAGAGCAGACACACACAGCGGUCUACAGCGUGGAGCAGCAGGAACAACUUUCACCACCACCGCGACCAGAGAACCAGAAUAUCAAGACAUUGCCCACGCUUCAGUGAAAGAAGAGGCAGCAGCAGAAGAAGGGACCAACAAUGUCAAAACCAAAAGGCAUGCUGCGAGAGGCUUCACACCAGAUCAUAGCCGGUGGAUCCGCAGGUAA